UUGAUUGCUUUCCAAAACCUCCAAACUAAAUUGGGGUAAGAGGAUUCUGACAAUUGUUCACUGGGUGGAUACUUCAAUUGUUCCUGGUUCUUCCUUCUCUGCCGAAGGUCCAUCUUCUCCCUUCUGAGGUUCAUCACGGUCAGAAUAGUACAGUAGUUUCUGUGGAGAUUUCUUGCUGCAAAUGCAAGAAGAAAGUUAUGAAGAUUGCUGCAGAUAUCCCAGGAGUAGAGUCUAUAAAAGUUGAUGGAUCUACAAACACUCUCACUGUGAUUGGAGAAGUGGAUCCUGUACAAGUUACUACAAAAAUAAGAAAGUUCAAGAAAAGAGCACAAAUUAUAAGCGUUGGACCUCCUAAAAGCGAAGAGAAGGACAAAGAUAAGGAUGGAGAGAAGAAUAAGGAGGAUGACAAACUUCCUAUAAGCUGCCCAAGAUGUAAUGUUUGGAUUGUUCAAGAUAUAUCUGCAUUUGAUUCCAAUCCAUGCUCUAUAAUGUAAUUCAAUUAAUGAAUCAUAUUACAGACUUAAAACCAAUGUCGGCAGUAGGGUGAUGUAGAUUUAUUUGCAGAUGUUCUUAUAAAUUUUGAGAUUAAGAUACUUCUUGUAUUUGUAUUUCAUCUUGUUUGAAAUUAUUCAUGAA